AUGAUAGGAAGCAUUGAUUGUAUGCAUUGGGAAUGGAAGAAUUGCCCAACAGCAUGGAAAGGACAAUAUUCUCGUGGAUCUGGAAAGCCUACAAUCGUUUUAGAGGCUGUGGCUUCGCAAGAUCUUUGGAUUUGGCAUGCAUUUUUUGGACCUCCAGGUACUUUAAAUGAUAUUAAUGUCCUUGACCGUUCACCACUUUUUGAUGACAUAUUAGAAGGUCAAGCUCCAAGAGUAGAUUACUUUGUCAAUGGUCGACAUUACAAUAUGGCUUACUACCUCACUGAUGGUAUAUAUCCGAAAUGGGCAAAAUUCAUCCAAUCAAUUUCACUUCCACAAGACCCGAAAGCAUCAUUAUUUGCUCAUUAUCAAGAAGCUGCCCGGAAAGAUGUUGAAGGUGCUUUCGGGGUUUUGCAAGCUCGAUUUGCAAUUAAGAUGAACGAGAUAGAUACAGUCUGUACAAUGUCACAGAAUUCCAUCAAGGAGAAGGAAGCGAGACUUCACAUGUCGAUUUAA